UGUCAUGUGUAUCAAUUUUAAAGCAACAUAUACAAGGUGAUUAAAGCCAUGGAAAUUGGAAUUUUCACUAAGUUUAAGACGCCUAGGAGGGCAAUUGUGGGAUUUAAGUGUGAGAUUAGCAUUCAAUAUAAUUGUAACCCACUACCAGUUUUCAUACCAAUCGUUUCAAUCCUCCCCUCCGUUUCCAUCCCACCCUUGUUAACCUAUGGUUCAUGAUCAGAAAGAGAGAGAGAGAUAGCGACAAAUCGGAAGCGAUUGGAGGCAAGAUCGAUUUAGAAGCAGGCCCGACCAGAAGCUAGCACGACGACAACGCUGUUGUUCAGGUUAGAACAUGCAAAUGCAAUUGACGGAUUUAUAACUGUUGUAGAUAAUCCCACAUCUCCCAAACGCCAAGAGGUCGCACUGGGACCUUUGAUGUUUGCAUCGAUGUUUAUAGAGAGGGACCAACAAUUUUUUUCGGUUUCCAUUUGAUUUGACUGAAAGUUAGUCAAAGUACUGAAAUGCUUUGGUAGUUAAGUUCAAGCAUGUUCUCUUGUUUGUUGCGAUAUUGCAGGUUGAAGGAGCUGCUAAUGAGGGUGGCAGGGGUCCUUGCAUAUGGGAUGCUUUCACACACACACAAGGAAAGAUAAAAGAUGGUAAAAACAGAGAUGUACCAGUAGAUCAAUACCAUCGUUACAAGGUUUUGUUUUUGUACAACAUUCGCAUUUAUGGAUUUGCAUUCAUUUAAGGAAAAUUUGGUGCCUCGAAAGCCGAAGACGUUGACCUUAUUGCCAAAUUGGGUUUCAGUGCUUACCGAUUUUCUAUAUCUAGGUCUCGUAUCUAUCCAGGUAAUGCCUGCUGUUAAGAUUGUUACCAAAACAAUUGGUUGCAUCAUAAAUGCAGAUGGGCUGGGAACCGAAGUGAACAAGGAAGGGAUCAUGUAUUACAAUAAUCUUAUAAACUACCUUCUAGAAAAGGGCUCUUCGUUCCCCUCGAACUCGGCUGGGUAUUCACCGCCAGGCAGCGUUGCCGGAUCGCUAGCUUGGGAAGGGAGACCCCUUCCGCGUUCAGGGUCAAGGUUUCGCGACAGGAAGAAUAAACCUUGGAGAAUUAGAAGUCGCAAUGGUUAAAGACUUCGAGGUGAUAUCCACUUACACCCCCAAAAAAUAAAAAACCGGCGUUGCAUUUUACAAACCGGUAUCCAUACCUGACGGGUUCAUCACCUUCAGUCACUAUGGUCAGCUAACCAACCAACACCAGUUCAUCACGUGCGGGUUACCCACUAGAUGCAGAUGAUUAACAAAGCAUUUUACAGGCUGACUUGGCCUUAGCUGACGAAUGCAGUGUGAGCGAUUAUUGUAGGACGACAGCUUUAACUGUUUUGAUCGUGGGAAGACAUAUAAUAAUAGCCAAUGCUGGUGACUCUCGUGCGGUCCUAUGUAAGAACAGGUCUGCAAGACCACAAGGGGUCGACUUGUUUACAAGAAAAGGAAAGAUGCGAACGGUUAGGUGGUUACUUUGAUGAAGACGGGUACCUGAACGGUCAACUAAGUGUGACCCGUGCGAUUGGAGACUGGCACAUGAAGAAGGAGAAGUUGGUGAUUGCUGAACCGGAUGUGAGACAAAUGGUGUUGACGGAUAAUGAUGAGUUUACUGGUGGUAAAUUGUGUUUUCAUUAAUUAACAUGUAGUGGAAGUGAGCCUGAUGUAGAGGAAGCAGUGCGAUUAAUAUGUGAAAUUGGUUGAGUUACGGUGUUGGCUCAUCCAUGGGCUUUGGAAAAUCCAGUUGUUAUCAUUGGUUGAUUAAAUGAAGCUGGCUUGCACGGAUUAGAGGUUUACAGAAGUGAUGGUGAAUUCAGUAGGUAUGCACUCCCACUGACCCAUCAAACUAAUCCCAAUUUCCUUUUUUUAUUAAUUUUUACAAUCGACCAUAUUUUUGCCACAUCUAUAAUCUCAAGUGUUUACAAGACCAUACUGCCACAUCUAUAGUCUCAAGUGUUUACAAGACCAUACUAGCAACAGUUUUAAAGUUGUUGCCCUCAA